CGUGGACACGGGGGAGAGGAGAGAGGAGGUGGGUCCUGCUGCUAGCUUCUGCUGCUGUUCUCCAUUCCUCCAAACACACACUCUUCAGGAAUAUACCUGCAGUGUGUGGAGGAGAUCGCUGCUGUGCACGGGUUUAUUCAUUAGAAAAGCGAAGUGGAUUGCUCUGUGAAUCACCGACGCUUGCGUCGCAGCGCUGGAGAGUGUUUGUAACACAUGAUUGUUUUAAAGGUUGAAUGAAUUUGGACAUGGCCUCAUCUUUUCCUCUGCCGAGAAGCAACAGCACCAGAGAAACGUUAGAGAACUCGAGCAGCGAAUCUUCAGAUACUGAGACAGCAGAAAAGGAGAGGUCUGUGGAGCAGAGAAGUGACGAUGGGAAUGCCGAAGAUUCCAAGAAAAAGAAACAGAGACGUCAGAGGACUCACUUCACCAGCCAGCAGCUGCAGGAGCUGGAAGCCACCUUCCAGAGGAACCGAUACCCGGACAUGAGCACCCGAGAGGAGAUCGCCGUGUGGACCAACCUCACGGAGGCCCGGGUCCGGGUUUGGUUCAAGAACCGGAGGGCGAAGUGGAGAAAACGGGAGCGCAACCAGCAGAUGGAUCUGUGUAAGAACAGUUACCUGCCCCAGUUCAGCGGACUCAUGCAGCCCUACGAUGACGUGUACCCCGCCUACACCUACAACAACUGGACCAACAAAGGCCUGGCCACAGCCCCGCUGUCCACCAAGAACUUCACCUUCUUCAAUUCCAUGAGUCCCCUCACGUCCCAGUCCAUGUUCUCCUCCCCGACCUCCAUCUCCUCCAUGAGCAUGGCGUCCGGGAUGGGACACUCCGCCGUGCCCGGGAUGCCGACCACCGGCCUGAACAACAUCGGUAACCUGAACGGUAUCGGGAGCUCCGCGAUCAGUCCGGCCAUGAGCUCGUCCGCGUGCCCGUACGGUCCUCCGGGAUCUCCGUACAGCGUCUACAGAGACACCUGUAACUCCUUAAGACUGAAAUCCAAGCAGCACGCAUCUUUCGGAUAUAGCGGGUUACAGAGUCCCGGCUCCGGUCUGAACGCGUGCCAGUACAACAGCUGACGAGUGAACGGAACCGGGAGAAAUCCCCGUGCUGGAUUUUACAGCGGAUUGUCUGUGUUUACCUAAACUUGCACAACAGUUUAAAUCCAUUGUUUGGAUUCAACGUUCUGAAGACAAGUCAAACUCAUACAUUGUACAUAAAUAUAAACGCGGAACAAAACUGCACGCAGUGCUCCAUGGGAACAACGGUUUGUCAGAUGUGUGAUUGUGUCUCGUGAUGAGUCGUGUUCGUCGUGUUUGUGCUCGGUGUCACGGACAGUGUGUGUUGUCCUCGUGGAUCUCACACACAGCCUGGAUUCUUUCACCUCGUUGUUUCAUUGUGUCGAUAGAUUUACCGCAUGCUUUUCUUCCAGUGAAAACAACAUGUUUUGUAAAAAUUAUAUGAAUGUAGACUAAAUAACAAAGCUAUAGCUUUAUGUUGUACCCCUGUUGAUUGAAAUUGUGUUUAUGUUAAAGGCAAUGUUUAAAUAAACCUAAAAAGAAACAA